AUUUCCCGUGCUGUCUUCGUAUACAAAACCCCUUCGGAUAUUGUCACUUUCUUAGAAUUUGCGUGGAUUCAUUUCUGCUCGACAAUCGUUUACUCUCAUCCAGAAAGUUUACUGUCCAAUACCAAAAUGUACAAUCCAAUGUCGGAACCAGGAUAUAAUGAUAAAAUGGAGGCCCCUCCACAAUAUAACCAACCCCCUCCACCUCCGUCACAAUAUCCAAACUAUGGAAUGCCAGGGCAACCUAUGCAACACCAGCCAAUGCCACAUCCUGGCUUCAUGCAACAGCAGAGCACUAACAACACAACUGUUGUGGUACAGCAACAACCUCAGCAAGUUGUCAUCCAAGGUCCACGUGAUUGGAGCACUAAUUUAUGCGGAUGCUUUGAAAAUAUUGGAGGAUGUUUAUUUGAGAUUUUUUGCCCUCUCAUUUCUGGUUGUAUACUGAGUAGCAAAGCUGGUGAAUGCUGUUGUGUUGCACACGUUUGUCCUGUUGCUCUGAGAACCAAGAUCAGAACAAGGCAUAAUAUUGCAGGAAGUAUAGUUGGUGAUUACUGUAUUGUGUGGUGUUGUCAUCCUCUUGCCAUGUGUCAAAUGGAACGUGAAGUACAUAAUCAUGGCAUUUAGAAUGAGGAACUUUCAACUUUUAAAAUGAUUUAACGUGAUUUAACAACCUCUCUAUAUAGCAUUUGUAGCUUGAGACUUUUUAUGGCUUUUAUCGUUUGUAGUAUCGUAUAAUCAAUAAAAUGUUUUGAUGCAUAUGCAAA